AAAAGUGUCAAAAUCACGUCAAAAUUGAAAAUUAAAAUUGUGCGUUUCUUUUGGAUAUUGACGUCCGUCGGUGAGGGAGGUUAUUAAAGAUGUCGAAAGUAUCGCGUGAUACGCUUUACGAGUGCGUAAAUGCCGUCCUUCAGGCAUCGAAGGACAAAAAACGUCACUUCUUGGAGACUGUUGAACUACAAAUCGGAUUGAAGAACUAUGACCCACAAAAGGACAAGCGUUUCUCCGGCACUGUCAAGCUCAAGUACAUUCCUAGGCCUAAAAUGCAAGUGUGUGUUCUGGGUGACCAGCAGCACUGUGACGAGGCCAAGACCCUGAAUGUACCGUGCAUGGACGCCGAGGCUUUGAAAAAGCUGAACAAGAACAAGAAGCUUGUGAAGAAACUAGCCAAGAAGUAUGAUGCUUUCCUGGCGUCUGAGUCUCUUAUCAAGCAGAUCCCUCGUCUCUUAGGCCCCGGUCUUAACAAAGCCGGAAAGUUCCCUGGUCUGUUAUCUCACCAGGAAUCCAUGACCCAAAAGAUUGAUGAAGUCAAGGGCACUAUCAAAUUCCAGAUGAAGAAGGUACUUUGUCUGUCGGUUGCUGUUGGUCAUGUAGACAUGACACCUGACGAGCUGGCACAGAAUGUCCACUUGUCAAUCAACUUCUUGGUGUCUCUGCUGAAGAAGCACUGGCAGAACGUACGAUCACUUCACAUGAAGUCCACCAUGGGGCCACCCCAAAGAUUGUACUAAUUUUAAUAUACUUUGACUAC